CAAGCACCAACAGGGUUUCAAUACGAAUAAGAGAGCAGAAUUGCAUACCAACCUGCCCACGAAUAGCUAGCUGUCCGGCACGGCGGUGCAAGCAAACUGGGAAUUUCCCUUCGUUCCAUCCCUUUCCUUGCUUUCCUUUCUCUCUUGAUGUGUUAGGCGCUCUUGUCGCAAUCAACGAUAAUGAUGGAUCCACGUCACGAUAACAACGGCUACCAAAUGCCUCCUCACCAGCAGAUGCCCGGCGUCGCGCCGCCGGUCUACAACCCGCCGCCGCAGAUCUUUGGAGGAGGGUAUGGGGCGGAUGGGUUGGGGAAUCUGGGGAUCGCGGAUCUUUCGCAGACGUUUCUGCCGGAUCCGACGUUGAUGGAUGAGAGUCAGGAGGCUAAGAGGAGGAGGAUUGCCAGGGCUUGUGAUAUGUGUAGGAAGAAGAAGAUUAAGUGUGAUGGGAAGCUGCCGGAAUGUACGCAUUGCGCCAAUUAUCAUACGCAGUGUGUGUUCACACAGGUGGAGAAAAAGAGGAACCCGCCAAAGGGUGCGAAAUAUAUCGAGGGAUUGGAGAAUAGGUUAGGGAGGAUGGAAAGCUUGCUGAGACUCUCUGGUCUUUUAACAGAAGAUGAUAAUGGACGAACCGACUUGGGAACAUUAGAGAAGAGACUUGCUGAGACGAAGAGGGAGUCAUUGAGAUUGUCGCAACAGCCAGGAUCGAAUCCUACCUCGCCCACACAAACCUCACCUAAUGAAGAAAACUCCUCAACUCCUCGAAGUCACCUCGCAUCUCCAGAACCGCAAAGCAAGAGCACGCCAAAAAAUGCAGAGAAGCGAAAAAGUGGUUGUCCUGAAGAAGAAAAGGAAGAAGAGGUUGAGGCGCUCUCAGAUAUGAUGUGUUCGUUGGUAACGAACAAUUGCGGUGAAACGAGAUAUAUAGGAUCCUCAUCUGGUUUCUCGAUCUUCUCGCCAAAGGGUAUCCAAUGGGUCAAUGAAAAGACAGGUGACUCUUCUUUCCAAGAAAUGAUAUCCUCUGCCUCGGUGGACGAAAACAAGUGGAUGUAUUGGAAACCAGAAGUUUUCGGAGAUCUCUUCCAAAGACCCAUCUUCAAACGAUUACCGCCAAAGAACGAAUGUCUGUCCCUAAUGAAGGACUUCUUCGAAAAUUUCAACUGCAUGUUUCCGCUCUUCCAUCAACCGACUUUUAUGUAUCUUGUUGAAAGACAAUACACAGAUGACCCCUACGAAGGAUCUGGAUGGUGGGCUAGUUUGAACGUGGCUUUGGCUAUUGCGCAUCGACUUCGAGUUAUGAGCAAUCUGGUACCAAAGGAAGAGGAUGACAAGGCUUGGGGAUACUUGAAGAACGCAAUGGGAGUCAUGACCGAGUUGACAUUGCGCAACACCGAUCUCUUGAGUGUGCAAGCUCUCCUUGGAAUGGCUGCUUUCUUGCAAGGUACACCGAACCCACAACCUACCUUCUUCUUGGUCGCAGCCGCUAUUAGAUUAUCACACAGCAUUGGAUUGCAUAAGCGAGGUUCUGGCUUCAAUCUCAAUCCGAUUGAAAUUGAACAGCGGAAACGAGUCUUCUGGAUUGCCUAUAUGCUCGACAAAGACAUCUGCUUGCGUUCUGGACGACCUCCAGCACAAGACGACGAUGAUAUGAAUGUUGAGCUCCCGACAGCAGACCCAGACGACAAUAUUGGUAAUAUUCCAUUAGCGGAUGGCAAGGGCAAGGUCAAUUUGUUCCGCCUGAUGGUUGAGUUCUCUACCAUUGAGAGCAAAGUCUAUAAGCAACUUUAUUCGACGAAAGCUGCGAAACAGUCGGAUGGAGAACUUCUCAAUACGAUUGGAGAAUUGGAUCACUUGCUAGAAGAAUGGAAGGAUAGCAUCCCAGUGGACUUCCGUCCGGAACAUGAGAUCAAAGCUUCGCAUACGCCACUGAUCUUACAUGUUGUCAUGCUGCAUUUCGCUUAUUACAACUGUUUGACCACCAUCCAUCGAAUGUCGAUACACCAUGGUUACUGGACCAGCAGAUUAUCCAAUUAUGCGAUUCAAGGUUUGAACGCCAAGCCCUUAAAUCCUCGUGUAUUCUCUUCAGCUGCACUUUGUGUUUCGGCUGCUCGAGCUUCGAUUCAUUUGAUCAAAUAUGUACCACAAGGAGACUUUGCUUGUGUUUGGCUUAUUUUGUACUUCCCAGUUUCAGCACUUGUAACAUUAUUUGGAAAUAUCCUACAGAAUCCACAAGACCCUCGAGCUCGAUCCGAUGUUCGACUGAUGAAUCUUGUGGUCACUUUCUUAUCGACUCUCGGCACAGAAGGUGAAAAUGGAGGGGUAAAGCGAAUGCUUGGCGUCUGCUCGGAAUUCGAACGAAUCGCUAAAGUCGUCCUCGACAAAGCCGAAAAGGAGUCUUCUUCAAGAAGAAAGCGGAAGAAUAACUACGACGACCAAACAGCCAAGACGAAAGCACCAAUGGCAACCGCCAAUUCCCAAAUACCACCUCAGACACCAAUGCCGAACAACGCCCAAACCCCAGCCAUGGCAGGCGUCUUCUCUCCCGGCAUGGCGCAAAUCAACCAAGCCAACGGCUACAGCCCCAUGCCUCCACAAACCAACGGCUCACCAAAUUGGCAACCUGACCUCAAUGGCAGCGAAUACAUGUCACCCAACGGCAUGACGCCAUUCGCCGAGAUCCAAGCCUACACCAACGGCGCCGACAUGCAGUCACCCCCGCAAAACAUCUUCCAGCAACCCUUCGUCCCGCAGGAUCUGUGGCAGAUGCCCAUGACGCUCGAGUGGGACUGGGCUGACAUGACGGGUGGCCAGUACCCGAGCUUCGAGAACGGGAUCGUGGGGGACAUGAAUCUGGGAGGGGGCGAUAAUGGGCAUUUGCAGAAUCAGGGACAUGGAGGGAUAUAAUGUUUGAUGAAGUGGUGAACUAAGAUAUUUGCAUGGGAAUGGUGUCUGGGUAGGCAUAGAAAUUCCCUUUUUGUUUCUUUGCAGGGGUCAGCAUUUUGCGGUAUGGCGUUUUUACUUGCUUUUAUUGAUGAUGAGGAAUGGAUGGAUGGAUGGAUGUGUAUUUGUCGGCGUGAAGCCUGAUGGGUGGGGAGAGUGAGCGUAUAGGA